UCCUUCUCACCACCCUCAACCUCAACCGACAUAUCUUCCACCCCCACAACCGCGUCUAACUGGUGGACAAAUUUUCCAUGAAAUGAUGUUGCGUCAUGGGGUGAAAAAAGUAUUCGGAUAUCCUGGAGGCGCAAUUCUUCCGGUGUUUGAUGCUAUCUAUAAUUCAACACACUUUGAUUUCAUUUUGCCAAGACACGAGCAAGGUGCCGGCCAUAUGGCUGAAGGCUACGCGAGAGCCAGUGGUAAACCUGGUAUUGUACUUGUUACUUCUGGGCCCGGCGCAACAAAUGCCAUAACACCCAUGCAAGACGCUCUAUCAGAUGGUACACCUCUAAUUGUGUUUUGUGGUCAAGUACCUACUUCUUCUAUUGGAACUGAUGCGUUUCAAGAAGCUGAUGUUUGGAAUGUAAUGGUAAAAGAUGUUGCAGAUCUUCCGCGUCGUAUAACUGAGGCUUUCGAGAUCGCCACUACUGGUCGUCCGGGUCCAGUACUUGUAGACCUUCCCAAGGAUGUGACUGCUUCAAUACUUAAAAAACCUAUUCCAACUCAAUAUACACUUCCGUUUCGUGCAUUCAGUGAUGCUCCUGCCUUGGCAUCUUCUGUAACAAAUAGUCAUGUUAUUCGUCAUGCUGCUGAAUUAAUUAACAAUGCUAAACGACCAAUUAUAUAUGCGGGUCAAGGUGUUCUUGCGACAUCAGAAGGACCAGCGCGCAUGAGAGAAUUGGCCGCUCGUGGUAACAUUCCGGUGACGACUACUUUACAAGGUCUUGGCGGAUUUGAUGAAUUGGAUCCUCUCAGUUUACAUAUGUUAGGUAUGCAUGGUUCAGCCUACGCUAAUUUGGCAAUGCAAAACGCAGACGUUAUUAUUGGUCUAGGUUCGAGAUUUGAUGAUCGUGUGACUGGUCAUCUGGAUC